AUGAUUGAGCUCGGUCUUAGUCGCAUAGUCCGCCUUCUCCAGCAGACGCCGCUGACUUGGAAGGCAAUCCAUAUAGCUGGCACUAAUGGCAAAGGGUCCAUCAGCGCUUAUCUUUCCCACCUGUUGUCGACGGGUGGUGUUCGCUGUGGCCGUUUCACCUCCCCGCAUCUGAUUGAUCGUUGGGACUGCAUCACAAUCGGCGAGAAGGUCGUCCAAGAGUCACUCUUCCGGCAGAUCGAAGCUAGAGUCAAGCUUCGAGAUCAGACGCUGGGAAUCGGUGCGAGCGAGUUUGAGCUACUGACUGCGACUGCAUUCGAGAUAUUCAAUCAUGAGCGCGUUGACAUUGGGGUGGUGGAGGUGGGCAUGGGCGGUCGCCUGGACGCAACGAACAUCCUGACCGACGUCUUGGUCUCCGUCAUCGCAAAGAUAGGCCUGGACCAUCAGUUCCUCCUCGGCGAUACUAUCGAAGAAAUUGCAAGGGAAAAGGCUGGAAUCAUGAAAUCGGGUGUUCCAUGUGUUGUAGACGGUACCAAUUCGCCUGAAGUGCUCCGAACCCUCGAAGACCACAUCAAGGAACUCGGCAUCAACGCAAUCUUCACACGCCCCGAUACUCCAGAGUAUCACUCCCCAUCGCUCGGUCGGCUCUUUGCUACACUCGAUCUCCUACCUCACCAGCGAGCGAACAUGUCCUGUGCGGUUUCGGCCUUGAAACUUGCUCUGUCUCGAUUCCGUCCCGAAAUCGACGUCGAUGUGCUCGUUCCACAACUGUCAAAAGUCGAGUGGCCGGCGCGCCUACAAAAGCUUGUUCUGAAACCAUUGGCAGAUCGUGAAGAGCCUGUUCUGCUGGAUGGUGCCCACAAUACUCAGUCGGCGGAGGUUCUCGGAGAGUAUGUGGAUUACAAACUUCGUCCGCAAGGUACGAACGUCACCUGGGUUAUCGCGGCCUCCCGCGGUAAGGAUAUAGAAUCCUUGUUUCAUUCUAUAAUCAAGGCGGGCGAUCGAGUAGCAAUCACUGCGUUCGGACCCGUGGAUGGCAUGCCCUGGGUCAAGGCCAAUGAUCCAGAAGAGGUGGCUUCAUGUGUCCGAUCAAUCGCGGGUAUUGGACAAGUGCAAACCUUUGGCGAAGACAUUUCCGGCGCUAUCCAUUGGGCUUGUGAACAAGCUAGUGGCGGCCCAUUGGUCAUUGCUGGCAGCCUCUACCUGGCAUCGGAUGUUCUACGUCUCCUCCGGGAAGCACAAAAGCAAUUAUAA